CGGGCUGCGGAAACUGGGACAGUUCUCGAGUUCCGCCCUCCGUUUCCAUUCCGCCGUUCUACGUUGUGCGCUAUUUUUUCCAAGGUUUGUUAUUUGCGGGACGCCUUCAAAUAGGCAACGCUCGAAGCAUUCCGCUCAACUCCUCGGAAGGGACGAAGAGCUCAUCCUCAGGAAGAUUUCAAGAUGAAGACUCUGGCAGCAUUCCUGUCUCUUCUGGUCCUUAGCUGGGCUCAAGAAGAAACCAAGCUUACCAAAGCCAACAACCGUUUCGGCCUGCGCCUCCUCCGCACGCUGCCAAGCGGCCCUGAAGAGAACGUCUUCUUUUCGCCUUACAGCGUGUCCACCGCCAUGGGCAUGGCCUUCGCUGGAGCCAGAGGCCAAACCCAGCAAGAACUAUCGCAAGGUUUGGGCUUCUCAGACGCUGAUCUCACCGAUGCUGGGGUCUUGGACGCCUACACUCGCCACACGGAGCGAUUGAAGUCGACCCCUUCCAAUUCGACGCUCGAUGUGGCGAAUGCCGCCGCUAUCCAGAGGACCCUGGCACUUCUGAACUCGUACGAAAGCGCUCUGCAGAGUUCCUUCGGUGCCGAACUCCAUAAGGUUGACUUCGCCGGAGAAUCGCAGGCCGCCGUUGACUUUGUUAACAACUGGGUGAAGAGGAAAACGCACGACAAGAUCGAAAAGCUGUUCAAUGAGCCGCUGGAUUCGGACACUCUGCUCGUAUUGCUGAACGCCAUUUACUUCAAGGGUGACUGGGGCACCGCAUUUAACAAGGAGCACACGGAAAAACGGCAGUUCUUCAACGGAGGCGUGACGCCCGUCGAGGUGGAUACCAUGAGGCUGGAGGCCCGCAUCAAGUACCGUUUCUUCGAUGACUUGCAAGUAGAGGUCGUGGAGCUGCCCUACCGCGGUCUCGACUACACCAUGGCCAUCCUGUUGCCCAAGGAGAACACCGGCGUCGAGGGGCUCAAGCAAAACCUUACUAUCGACCGUUUCCAAAACUACCUUUCUGAUCUGAGGGAACGCAAGAUCACGGUACUCCUUCCCAAGUUCAAGCUGGAGACCAAGUACUCCCUGAAGACACCCCUGCAGUCGCUGGGCAUCAAGCAGAUCUUCGAACCGGGCGCCGACUUGUCCGGCAUCAACGACGAGAGCCUCCGGGUGUCAGCUGUGGAACACAAGGCGGUCGUCGAGGUCAACGAAAAAGGCACCGAGGCGGCCGCGGCCACGGGAGUGGUCAUAGUCCCGUACAGCCUGGGACCCGAGCCGGUGGUCUUCAGGGUCGACCAUCCGUUCCUGUUCUUCAUCCGCAACACUCGGACGGAUGACAUCUUCUUCAUGGGACAGGUUAACAAGCUCUGAACGAAAGCGAAAUAAACCCUAUAACAGUGGA